ACUCAAGGUCGUGGUGGUGGAUUUGACCUGGACAUACCUGUGAUGAACUGCAGAGAAUACUCCUUUAUCUUUUCCGUUGUAGAACCUGAAAUUUCGGAUGUUGUUUCAGCUUUAUUUCAUACAAUUUUACUUCAUAGGACGUUACCGACUCUUGAUUUUAAAGGAGGAGCAGUAAGCUACAAUUCCCACCUUGGUAUAUGCGAUGUGGAUUGUGAAAGUCUUGACUUGACCUAUGUGUGUAUAAACUCCAACCAACUUAUCGAAAAAGUAGCUACUUCAGUUUCAGCCUUUGUUGAAGCCAUGCAUCGUGAUAGCUGUUCAUCUAACAACAAUGGCGAAGUUCGUGGUGCAAUUAACUUGGAGUUUGUGGUUCACAGAAAAGGGGUUUGGUUGGGACCAGAAGCCUCGACUUGGGAACGUUGGAUUGUAAAUGUGAUUUUGAAAACCGUCAGUGCGAAUGAAAAAGAGGAUCAUCGUCGUCAAAUCAGCAGUCAACUGAGAGAUGAAUUAUGCAACAUUCUUGAACACUUCAACUCUCCUUCAGCUUAUGCUCCAUCCUUAGGUAGCUCACAAGCGGAAACAGAACACAUCAUUGACUUCUCUAUGUGCGGAAUCUCACCCUAUCGGUUUAGUAUAAAUUAUCUUUCUAACUCAUGUCAAAGUCGUUCCGGAGUGAGUGUAACCAUGAGGCGUAUAUUUAAAGAUGCUAGACUUUGAUAUACAUUUUUAUUUUCAUAUUUUGUGUAUUAUCAACAUUAUGUACCUAAUUUUGAUACCGAUAUUGGACUAUCAAUCAUAAGGGAUUUGGCAUUUAUAUAAUGUCGUGGAAGUCAGCUCUUUAUUUCCUAAUUCUUGUUUUUAUUUUUCGCUAUGUUUAUUACUUGAAGUUACAUAUUAGUAUUUCUUUAAUUCUGA